CUGGGGCGGCGUCAAAAUACACCACAUAGCAGUCACACACACAGCUAAUGAACAAAUUAGCGGUGGAAAAACCCACAACGGGAAUGAAAAAAAGUGAAAACAAAAAAAAAUGUGUCAGUUCGGUAAGUAAUCCCCCAUGUAGCAACAACAUUGAAGAAGGGGGAAGCGAAGUCAAAAUGAGUAGCAAAAACGACUCAAAGAAAAAAAACGCCUCAACUGAAAGGCAGAGUAGCGCUAAGAAGGGAAAUGACACCAAAAGCGGUGGUAAGAAAUCGUCCGGGGGGACGGGGUCAGCCGAAGCGAAGGAUAAGUGUAGUCUCACCGUGAGCGCUCAAGUAGUGGAAAGCGCAGCAGUUCCUGCGGAGGGAGAAGCGGAAAUGGCAACACAGGCAGAGGCCAAAAAGGACGCAAAGGGGAGCGCAAAGGGGAACAGAAAAGACGCAAAAGGGAGCGCAAAGGAAAACGCAAAGGAUGCGAAGGGAAACCCUAAAGUCGUGAAGACAAUCGCAAAGGUCGUGAAGACAAUCGCAAAAGACGUGAAGACAAUCGCAAAAGACGCGAAAGGAACCGCUAAAAACGCAAAGUUAAACAGUAAAGACACAACGCUAAGCGCUAAGGACGCAAAGCCAAAUGCGAAGGACGCAAAGCCGAAUGCGAAGGACGCAAAGCUAAACGCGAAGGACACAAAGCUAAACGCGAAGGACACAAAGCUAAACGUCAAAGACAGGGGAGCACCAAAACCCAGCACCAGCCAUAACGCAAAACAAAAGUCAUCGGGUUCCCCGCCUGGGAAGAAUGCCCCUGUGAAAUUAUCGCCCCCAAAAAAGAGCAACUCAAAGGAAGUAGCAAGUGCAGAAUCUACGUCCGUCGCAGCAGCACGCCACUCUGCACAUGCACAAAUGAACCAAAAGGAAACGGAACAAAUUAACUUAAAUCGAGAUAAAAAAAAAGUUUCGGAGAUGGGGGAAAAACGCACCAACAAGGGGGGGCGUGUAAAAAGUUGCAAAGCCAGAAAUGAGGAGCAUCAGUCAAAAAAGCAAAAAAGCAACACAAUAAAAAAAAAAAAAAAAUUAAGCUGCUCAGUUAUUAACGAAAUCCAAGUGAGGAACAAUAUAUAUAUCUGCAAAUUUAAAAACAAGCUAAAUAAAAUUCGCAAAUACUUUUUCCCUAUAUAUAAAUACGGCGAAGCUUCCAUAGCGCGAAACAAGGCCGUGCUGCUGAAGAUUCACAUGCACACGUGCCUGUACUGCCAAAACGGGGUUCUAUGCAACUUCGUUGAAAAUUACACGUUGUAGUGGUGGAGAAGCGGUAGAGGUAAGAAGCGGUGUAGGCGAAGUGGCAUAGUGCCCAUAACGUAGCGCGCCACAACGGCGUGGUUGACUUUUUUCUCCGUUUCGACGGCGCUUCAUCUGUGAGUCCCCACAUUCCGUUAAAACGUUUUUAAAAAAAAAAAUCACCAAUGAUGGGGUGGCAAAAUAUAUACACGUUUUGUGCCUCCCUGUGUGGUUAGGCGAAAGAGGAUAAAAAAAAAAAUAAAACAAUAAUAUAACAUAAUAUAAUAAAAUAAUUCACCUCCUGAUUUUCCCACUUUUGCAAUUUUUAUGCGUCACUAUAGUAGGACACACAAAUGUUGUCCCCAUUAUGUGCGUGACGAAAUGGCGCAGUUAUGCCACUCAACCCCUGCGUAAGCAGUUAUUCUUUGUCCCCCUCGUUUUUGCUUAUUUGUCUUUAUAUAAAGAUUUUUAUAUGUGUAUGAUGUUUCGGUAUGCGCACACAUUUUUCGCUGUACAUGUGUGUUGUGUGCGUUUACAGG